AUGGAUACUGUUGUUGAAAAAGCUGCUGAAGAAGUGAUUAAGCAAGUUGCCGGUGAAGUCGGUGAAUUAGCUGAAGAAGCUAUUGUUGCUCAAUCUUCCAAUGCCAUUGUCGACUUUUUGACUUCUUGUCCAUAUGUUAUCUUACAUACUCCAUCUGUUGAUCAUCCAUUCGGUAUUGAAUUAUGGCCAAUCUUCUCAAAGAUCUUUGAAAUGAUUGCUGGAUACCCAGCUGAAGAAUUCCAAUUUAUCCACAACCAAACUUUCUUAGCUAAUGGUUACCAUGCUAUGGGUAUUAUUGCCGUUUACUACAUCAUUAUUUUCGGUGGCCAAGCUUUGUUACGUGCUGCCAACGCUGGUCCAACUAAAUUAACAUUUUUAUUUCAGUUACACAAUCUAUUUCUAACCACUGUUUCAUUCACUUUGUUAAUGUUAUUGGUUGAACAAUUAUUACCAAUGAUCUACUACCACGGUAUUUUCUGGGCGAUCUGUUCAAAGGAAGCUUUUGCUCCAAAAUUAGUUGUUUUAUACUAUUUGAACUACUUAACCAAGUUCUGGGAAUUAUUUGACACCGUAUUUUUGAUUUUGAGAAGAAAAAACUUAUUGUUCUUACACGUUUACCAUCACGGUGCUACUGCAUUACUAUGCUACACUCAAAUUGUCGGUCAAACUUCCGUCGAAUGGGUCGUCAUUUCCUUAAACUUGGGUGUUCACGUCAUCAUGUACUGGUACUACUUCUUAAGCUCUAGAGGCAUUAGAGUUUGGUGGAAAGAAUGGGUUACUAGAUUCCAAAUAAUCCAAUUCUUGAUUGAUUUGUGUUUCGUUUACUUCGCUACCUACACUUUCUACGCUAACAAAUACUUUACUGACAUUUUACCACACAUGGGUACUUGUUACGGUACACAAGAUGCAGCAGCUUACGGCUACUUAAUUUUAACCUCUUACUUGUUCCUAUUCAUUUCUUUCUACAUCCAAUCUUACAGAAAGAGUGGCAAGAAGAAGCAAGAACCAGCUCCAGCUAAAUCCAUAUCCACUGGUUCCAAAGCUUCCGGUGCCAAAAAGAACAAAACUAAGGUAUCUAGAAGAGCUUAA